AUGCACAGCGGUGGUAUUUGGGAUGACUACCCCCUGAACAACACCGUUCCGCUGUGCGACUACAUGCAGGCAGCACAGCCGCGUCUCCGGGUACCCCCGACUGAUGCCUUGCUGGCUGUGCGCUGCAUUGCCAUGCUAUUUUUGGUUUCUUUGCAGUGGAAGAUUGAUGACAAGCCAGUAAAAAUUGACAAAUGGGACGGUUCAGCUGUGAAAAACUCUCUUGACGAUUCUGCCAAAAAGGUUCUCCUGGAAAAGUACAAGUACGUGGAGAACUUCCGUCUGAUCGACGGCCGCCUCCUCAUCUGCACCAUCUCGUGUCUCUUCGCAAUCGUAGCUUUGAUUUGGGACUACCUGCACCCCUUCCCCGAAUCCAAACCUGUCCUUGCUUUUUGUGUUGUGUCAUAUUUUGUGAUGAUGGGAAUCCUGACCAUUUAUACCUCAUACAAAGAGAAGAGCAUUUUCCUCGUGGCUCACCGGAAAGAUCCCACGGGGAUGGACCCGGAUGACGUGUGGCAGCUCUCCUCCAGCCUCAAACGGUUCGACGACAAAUACACCCUCAAGGUGACCUUCAUCAGCGGGAAGACCCGGCAGCGGCGCGAGGCCGAGUUCACGCGCUCCAUCGCGCGCUUCUUCGACGCCAACGGCACGCUGGUCAUGGAGGCCUACGAGCCCGAGGUGUCGCGGCUGCACGACA